UCAACACUUCUCUCCUUCACCAUGCAAUUUGUCUUUCCUUGACACCAAGACUUCUCUCCAAGAAUAUCUCUCUUUUCAAAGUCCUUUUUCUGAAUUUUCAAGAUUCUUUGCAACUUUCUUGAUGGCAAUAGGAAUCUUCGGAUUGAUCCCAAGCUCAUCACCAGACGAGCUAAGGAAGAUUCUACAAACACUUUCGGCGAAAUGGGGAGACGUAACUGAGGAUCUAGAGAGCCUUGAAGUGAAACCAAUGAAAGGAGCGAUGACGAACGAAGUGUUUAUGGUGAGUUGGCCUAGAAAAGAAACGAAUCUUUGUUGCAGGAAACUUCUUGUUCGUGUCUAUGGUGAAGGUGUUGACCUUUUCUUCAACAGAGACGAUGAGAUUCGUACUUUUGAGUUCGUGGCUCGCCAUGGCCAUGGACCUAGACUUCUUGGCCGAUUUUCCGGCGGCAGAGUCGAGGAAUUUAUCCAUGCGCGGACCCUAUCCGCAACCGAUCUUCGUGACCCGAACAUAUCAGCUCUGGUUGCAUCUAAGCUAAGAAGAUUUCACAGCAUAUACAUUCCAGGAGAUAAAACUGUUCUCAUCUGGGACAGAAUGAGGACUUGGGUAGGACAAGCCAAGAAUCUAUGUUCAACUGAAGAUUCAACAGAGUUUGGUCUAGACAACAUUGAAGAUGAAAUCAACUUGUUAGAACAAGAUAUGAACAAUGAGCAAGAAAUUGGUUUUUGUCACAAUGAUUUGCAGUAUGGUAACAUCAUGAUUGAUGAAGAGACAAAUGCCAUUACUAUCAUUGAUUAUGAGUAUGCAAGUUAUAAUCCAAUUGCUUAUGACAUAGCAAAUCACUUCUGUGAGAUGGUAGCAAACUACCAUUCUGACACUCCUCAUAUCUUGGACUAUACUCUAUACCCAGGAGAAGAAAAUAGGAGGAGAUUUAUCUGCAACUAUUUCAGCUCUUCAGAUGAAGAAGCAAGAGAAGAAGACAUAAAACAGCUUUUGGAUGAUAUUGAGAAAUAUACAUUGGCAAGCCAUCUCUUCUGGGGCUUAUGGGGAAUAAUCUCUGGCUAUGUGAACAAGAUUGAGUUUGAUUAUAUCGAGUAUUCGAGGCAGAGAUUCAAACAGUAUUGGCUUCGAAAGCCCCAGCUUUUGUCAUUCAACCCAUCUCCAAAGUAAAAUAUUCUACAAAAACGAUAAUGGACGCAUAAUAUCUAUAACUAUAAUGCUUGCUUCUGUUCUGAUACUAUUGAACGAGUAAAAGCUAUAAAUAAUCAGUACAAUAAAUAAUAACUCCACAGAAGAGAGAAAAGUU